AUGGUGGAACUUCUGGGCGCAGCGAAAAUAGGAAAUUUUCAGCAAGUAAAGCGGUUAGUGGAUCAUGGCGCUGAUGUCAAUUGCGAAAAUUAUAUCAGUGAUCGUCCCAUUUACUCUGCAGUAUCCUCUGGUUCACUGGAAAUUGUCAAAUAUUUAGUUGAACAUGAUGCUGAUGUAAAUUGUGAAAAUUAUCGCGUUGGUAGUCCUCUUCAUUGUGCAACAUCAUCUGGUUCACUGGAAAUUAUCAAAUAUUUAGUUGAAAAUGGUGCUGAUGUAAAUCGGGAAUUUUUUUUUGUUGGUAGUCCUCUUCACUCUGCAGCGUCAUCUGGUUCACUGAAAAUUGUCAAAUGUUUAGUUGAACAUGGUGCUGAUGUAAAUCGGAAAAAUUUUCAUACUGGUAGUCCUCUUCACUCUGCAGCAUCGUCUGGUUCACUGAAAAUUGUCAAAUAUCUAGUUGAACAUGGUGCUGAUGUCAAUCGGAAAAAUUUUCAUACUGGUAGUCCUCUUCACUCUGCAGUAUCAUCUCGCUCACUGAAAAUUGUCAAAUAUUUAGUUGAACAUGGCGCUGAUGUUAAUUGGAAAUGUUGGAGAGUCGCUAGCCCUCUUUGCUCUGCAGUAUCACCUGGUUCACUCGAUAUUGUCAAAUAUUUAGUUGAACAUGAUGUUUAUUUCAAUUGGGAAGAAAGUAACGUUGGUAGUCUUUUUCACUCCGCCGCAUCCUCUGGUUCAAUCGAAAUUGUUAAAUAUUUAGUUGAACAUGGUGCUGAUGUAACAAAUGAGGAAGAUCAUCGCAUAGGCACAAUUCUAUUUCUGGCUUGUGAAGAUGGAAAUCCUGCAACUGUUGACUACCUUCUCCAACAUGGAGCGAUCAAAGACAUGGAUAAACACUGGAAAUUGAAAUCGCCCUUACGUAUAGCAUGCCUGAAAGGUCAUACCGCCGUAGUUCAAACAUUACUGAAAUAUAACGUUGAUAUACGAAAAGAGAAGGAAGCAUUAAUAUGUGGCAAUAAAGAAAUCUUAUAUAUUCUCAAUCUGGAACUAAAGAAGUCCAGUAAACAUCGCCAAAAAAUUCAGAUUUUGAAAGCAAUGGAUGAUGAAAACUUGGCAAAG